CUUGUUAGUUUUGUUUUGUCAUUUUCUACACGUCUGCUGUUUAAUGUCGCCGACAAAAUAUUUAAACCCAGUUUUGUCCAAGUAACUGAUUAUUUUUAAGAAAAGUUACGAAUCAUGAUUUACUCCACUUGGUUGAGUCAAUUUCAUUCAUCAUUUAUCAUUAUUAGUUCUUUUGUGUUAUAUGUCCAUUCAGAUGUGCCGAGGCCCCGCGGUGUAUCUUUAUCGAAAGCAUCUCUUUAUUCACCAACGAAAGACUUCACAUGUUUUGAUGGAACAGUAACUAUACCGUUUAGUUACGUAAAUGACGAUUACUGUGACUGCUUCGAUGGCAGCGAUGAGCCAGGUACGUCUGCGUGCUUGAAUGGUAUAUUUCACUGUACCAACGCCGGUCAUCGGCCUCAAAAUAUUCCCAGUUCAAGAGUCAAUGAUGGAGUGUGUGAUUGUUGCGAUGGUACAGAUGAGUAUGCCACGCCCGAUAUUUGUACUGACAUUUGUAAUGAACUUGGUAAAGAAGCUAGAGCUGAAUAUCAGAGGUUAGCUGAACUACAUAAAGCUGGUAGUCAUUUAAGAGUAGACCUUAUUGAAAGGGGAAAUAAAAAGAGACAUGAAAUGGCAGAGCAGUUGUCACAAUUGGAGAAGGAUAAAGCAGAAGCUGAACAAAUCAAAGCUGAGAAACAGGCACUAAAGGAUGAAAUAGAAGCUAAAGAAAAUGAAGCUCUCAAAGUUUAUAGAGAAGCAGAGGAGAAAGAAAAACAAAGGCAGGCUGAAGAAGAAAAGCAGAAGAAUGUGAAAGAAGCCUUGGACAAUUUUGAUAGGUAUGAUUCAAACAAGGAUGGGGUUUUAUCAAUUGAUGAAAUAAAAGUAGCAAAUGUAUUUGAUAAAGAUAAGGAUGGCCAAGUUGAUGAAGAGGAAGUGAAAUAUUUCUUUGGUGAGAAUGAGAGUGUUGAUAAAGAUGCUUUUACCAGUGUUACCUGGCCUUUGCUCAAACCUCUGUUGAUGAUGGAACAAGGUAUGUUCAAACCUGCCCAAGAUGAAGAGCAUGUAGAUCCAGAUGUUGAUGGUGAAAUGGAUGAUGAUCUUGAUACUGAAGAUACUGGAGCUGAUUUAGAUGAAGAUCAUGCUGAAGAAGAAUCACCUAGAGAAUUUGAUGACAGAGACAUAUCUUCACAUGAUUCUAAAGUGUAUGAUGAUGAAACACAGAGAUUGGUAGAUGAAGCCACUGAAGCCCGAAAACAAUACACUGAAGCUGAGAGAACAGUUCGGGAAAUAGAAUCUAACAUCAGGAAUAUUCAACAGAACCUUGAGAAAGAUUAUGGCCUCCAACAAGAAUUUGCAACUUUAGAUGGACAAUGUUUUGAAUUUGAAGAUAAAGAAUAUGUAUACAGGCUGUGCAUGUUCCAAAAAGUGACACAGAAGUCAAAGAAUAGUGGUUCUGAGGUUGGUCUUGGCAAUUGGGGUGAAUGGGCUGGAGAAGACAAUAGAUACUCUGCCAUGAGAUACACCAAUGGUGUUGCCUGCUGGAACGGACCUAACAGAAUGACUAUAGUUAAUAUUCACUGUGGGUUAGAAAAUAAAGUGUUGUCAGUUGCUGAACCAUAUCGCUGUGAAUAUAAAAUGGAAUUGAGUACCCCUGCAGCUUGUGAUAUGUCAAAUGUAAACCAAGAUCAUUCAGCACAUGAUGAGCUGUGAGAGACCAGUGACUUUUACACUUAAAUGUGUGCUAAGAUAUAAGUUAAACACAAGGCAGGAUAUAAGAACAUUUUCACAAUGGCGAAUCGUCACAACACUUAUUGUUAUUAUUUUGGAUAUUCAUUAUGUGUAAAAACAUUUGUAUUUGUCAAACAUAAUUAUCAGAUAAAACCAAGCUGUUAAACACAAGGCAUCUAAAUCUUUGGAAAAAUCUAGUUAUAAUGGCUAUUUUCUGAUGUAGGUAUUUAUGAGUCAUUUUAAUUUUCUCAAUUCUGUCACUUUUUACAGUAACUGGCUAUGUUUUGCAUUUAUCUAUAAGAAUUAUUAUUUAUGUAUCAAAGUGAAAUACCAAUGCAAUACAAGAAUAAAAUUAAUUUAUUACAUACUUUAAAAAAUACUAAAUUCACAAUCUGGUAUAUUGGUUUUGUUUCACACAAAUAAUAAUUAUACAUUUUAGAUCCGGUUUUUAUAAUAAUGUUUGGUCAUGCUGUUUCAAGAAAAUAGGCUGUGUUAGUGGAUGGCUGGUUUUUUUGUGAGAUUCAAAAUCUGCCUAGUAGCAUAAGUAGAGUUUAGUCUUUAGUCAUGAAGUUGAUCAAUUUCAGGUUUAAAUUUUUUCCUAUUUAUGCAAUAAAUCCACUUUAAUUUAUGUAUCCACUAAUGUUUUAAAGUUAAGACUGAUAAUAAGAGCAUUAUAACAUAAUAUCACACAUUCCUUAUGUUAAAGGCUGUUUUAAGUUCCAGUGAAUGGAUAGAUUCAUAGAAAUGAACAAAACAUUGUGAAAGAUUACAGUUUGUUUUGAUUAA